UGUUUCGGUUUCUGCUGUUGUGGCACGGGCAGAAAUACAUAUUUUGGCAUUAUUAAAUUGGUAUUUUGGCAUUGGCGCAAGCGAAAACAUCCACACAAACACACAACUACAGGGCCAGCGAGACGCACAGAGAGGCACAGACACAGCCACAGCCACAGCCACAGGCACAGGCACACACUUUCCUAGCACUUACUCAUGCCACUGUAGCAAAAUAUUCUUUGUGGCUUUUCAGUAUUGUUAUUAGUCCCGCAGCAGCACAAAGACAACGACUGACGACCGACUGCCUGCCACUCGCCCAUUAUCAUCAUAGAUAAAUGAUGUCUGAAGAUGCCAAGAGUCCAGGACCACGCACCCGUAACAUCAUUGAAAAUCAACUGUUUCGUCGCCAGCACAGCCUGAAGCUUGAGGCGCUGCAAAGGCAGCGCACCCUUCAGGGCGAUGACGACACCGACGUGGGCGAAGAACCCUUCGACAAGACACAAAUAGUCAUCAUAUUCACGGAGAAGGCCAAGCUGCGCCACUGUCAGGAUGUGGAGAAGAUAAUCAAUGAAUUCGGCAUACAGACCACACUGGAAAUUGUGAGGAAAACUGAAAAGUAUCUGUAUCUGUCUGCCAGUCUGGACACCUUGCUGCGGCUGGCCGAUUUGGCCGAGCUGGAGAAGAAGACCACCACGGGCAGCAUGCAGAAGUUCAACAAUGGCUGCGUCUCUGACUUUCUGCUGCCCGGCAUGGCCAAGGACCAAAUUCUGCGCUACUGUGAGAUUCCCGUUCUGAUCAAGGACGUGAUCAAGCCACCGAUCAAGUCCUACAUUCAGAAGGGCUACAUCGAGGACAUGUUUCCCCUGCACGAUAUUCUCUAUUUGGAUCGCUUCAAUUGGAAUCUGAAGCGUACCCAUCUGCCCAUAGAGGACAUCCGCAACUACUUUGGCUCCAGCAUUGGUCUCUACUUUGGCUUCAUCGAGUUCUACACGAAGGCCCUGAUCUUUCCCGCUGUCUUUGGCAUAUUGCAGUAUCUCUUCGACCUGAAUCUCUCGAUUGUGUGCAGCUUCUAUGUGGUGUGGACAACUAUCUUCCUGGAGCUGUGGAAGCGCAAGUGUGCUGGCUUCUCGUAUCGCUGGGGCACCAUCGAGAUGAGCAGCCUGGACAAGCCGCGCUCCGACUACCAGGGCCAGCUAAAGCCCGAUCCGAUCACCGGCAAGAUGACACUGCAUUACCCGAUGCGCUACACGUACCUGCAAAUGUACUGCAUCUCGUAUCCGGUGGUGCUGGUCUGUGUGGUGGCUGCCGGUUGGUUCGCCCUCUACCAGUUCCAGAUCGAGGCCGAGGUGCUGGCCGACUUUGGCGCUGAAUCGUGGCUGCUGUACGUGCCGGUCAUUGUGCAGUCCAUUCUGAUAGCCAUCUUCUCAUGGGCCUACGAGAAGCUGGCCACAUUCCUCACCAAGCUGGAGAAUCAUCGCACCCGCUCCCAGUACGAUCGGCAUCGGGUCAACAAGCUGAUGCUCUUCGAGAUUGUGAACAACUUCUUCUCGCAGUUCUACAUCGCCUUCGUGCUGCAGGACCUCAAGCAGCUCAAGUACCAGCUGAUGAUGCAGCUGCUCAUAUUCCAGCUGCUGUGCAUUGCCCAGGAGAUCGGCAUACCCCUGAUGGCCGUGCUGCGGCAGAAGUACGUCAAGUUUCGGCAUCGCGAGGUGGCCGAGGAGAAGCUGGACAACAUCAGCGAUCAGCCCCGCUACGAGCAGUCGUUCUACGAGUCCGGCCUGGAUGCCUACCAUUCCACAUACGAGGACUAUCUGCAGGUGUGCAUACAGUUCGGUUUCGUUGUGCUCUUUGCCGCCGUGGCCCCCUUCGCCGCCAUUGGAGCGCUCAUCAACAACGUAUUUGCCGUCCACAUUGACAUGUUCAAGCUGUGCAACAUCUUCAAGCGGCCGUUCGCCCGCAGGGCCAAGAACAUUGGCGCCUGGCAGCUGGCCUUCGAGCUGCUGUCCGUCAUGUCGCUGCUGAGCAACUGCGGCCUACUCUUCCUCCAGCCGAAUGUCAAGGAAUUUUUCUCGCAUUGGCUGCCCUCGGUGCCGGAUCUGUCGUUUGUCAUCUUUGAGCAUUUGCUGCUGGGCCUUAAGUUCAUCAUUCACAAGGUCAUCCAUGAGCGUCCGCGCUGGGUACGAAUUGGUCUGCUAAAAGCGGACUUUGAGACCAGCCAGGCCCUGAAGCAACUCAAAAAAUUCAAGUCGGAGGCUAACAAGAUGGCCUAGGAUGGCACUCUCCCACUGCGUCUCCUCCUCCUAAUCUACAGUUCCAGUCGGUGGUGCUAUUACAACCAAAUCCAUUAUCAAGUCCAUUAUUAUAUUUGUACGUUUUAUGCGA